CAACAUUUUUAAAAUGCCCAGCAGUUGCUGUGCUCCGAGAUGCACAAACUCAAAUAACAAAGGUUAUUGCAUGACAAAGUUUACUCAAGAUCCAAACUUGGAAAAAAAAUGGAUUGAUGCAUGUGGAGUUCCCGAUUGGAAGCCAAUAAAAUCGGCUGUAUUGUGUGAGGUUCAUUUCCAUCCAUCCGCAUUAUAUGUAGUGGGCAAAAAGAAAUUUAUAAGGAAAGAUGCCAUACCGAGUUUUUUUUGCAAUUGUAAUAAAUCUGCAAAAGGGAAACCUUUCGCAGAAAUUCAGUCAGAAGAUUCAUACGUUAAAAAUAGAAGCAAAAAAUAUAUGCAUACUGCACAUUGUGUUGUAAUGAAAAAACCCGUUGAUAUAAAUACAUUGAAGAAGAUAUUACUUGAAAAAAAAAAUUACAGAUUAGAUUCUAAUCCAGAUGUAGAGAUAUCACCAGAGUUUACUGCAAAUCAAAAAUUGUCUACAGAGAGUUUCCCUAAUCCAGCAGACACUAAUCGAAAAAAGUUUAAAGCGUUAGAAGAAAAAUUAAAAAUGACUGAGAAGGAAAUAAAUGUUCUAAAAGAUAGAGUUAAUGACUUAGAAAAGAAAAUCGAGAAAAAUACUAUAAUAAUCAAUGAAGUCUUUAAUAAAGAUCAACAGAAAGCAAUUUUAAAUGAUACUACGAGAGGUUCCAAUCAUUUGUGGAUUACCCUUCAUUGCACUCCUUCUCCUGAUCUACCACUACCUACGUCCACAGAUAAGACUGUUCACGCGUUAUUGUCACACUAUUGGUUUCCUUGCCUGAAAAUGCGAGUGAGGCAGUAUAUCGAUAAUUGUGUAAAGUGCUUGACGUACUCUACGGCUGCCGGUAAGCCGGAAGGCGAACUGCAGAUCGUUAAGAAGGAUACUGUGCCAAUGCAAACGUUGCACCUUGAUCACUUCGGCUCAUUAGAGGGAACUCGGGUUGAAUUUAAGUAUAUCCUAGUGGUUAUCGAUUCGUUUACUAAGUAUGUAUGGCUGUUUGCCACUAAAUCUACAGGUUCAGCCAAGACUAUCGUGCAUCUGUCUCUUUUAUUUGAUUUGUUUGGUCUUCCUAAGCGGGUUAUUAGCGACAGAGGCACGGCAUUCACUUCCGGAGAUUUCCUUAAUUUUAUGCAGAAAAACGAGAUAUACCACGUAUUGACAGCGGUAGCAUCCCCUUGGGCCAAUGGCCAGGUGGAGCGCGUGAAUCGGUUUUUGAAAUCCACACUUGCGAAAUUGUCCGAAGAUCCGUUCGAUUGGAAAUGUAAUUUGAGUAAAGCACAGUAUGUAAUCAAUGGCUGCGUUGAGCAGAGAAAACAGCUUUACAACUGUUUUGCAAAGCCGCUUUUUUUGCUGAACGCAGCCAAUAAUACGCUCAAUAAAUCGAUUGGAACAACACCCAGUAAGAUGCUACUUGGAUACGAUCAGCGUUAUAAGGGGUACGAAAAUUUGCGCUCACUAAUUGAUGCUCUUCGACAAUCGGACGCGGAUUUCGAGAAAGAACGCGGGGAAACAAGAGACGCGACACAAAUCAUUAAUCGCCGACUACAAGAAUACAAUAAAGUGCAAUACGAUAAGCGACACAAAAAGAAUUCAUUGUACCAAGCAGGGGACUUUGUAUUGGUAAAGGUUCUUCAGCAUAAACCGGGAACCAAUCAAAAACUUGCGCCGAAAUACAAGGGCCCCUACCUUGUUAAAGCUGUUCUUAAAAAGAACCGAUAUGUUAUAACGGAUAUAUCAGGUUUUAAUCAUGGUAGAAAUAUAAGGGUAUGCUCUUGCGCAUGGUACAGCCAGACAACCAAUGAGAAUUGCAGCUUGACUACGUCAUCAUUACGUGGCAAAUUCAAACGCUUAAAGAUGAAAUAA